CAGAAUCAGAUAAGACAUACAGGCUACGGAGGCAGCGCUCUCCAUUCGUUUUAGUAAAAAGUACUUUAAAUAAAAUUUGUUCAAACUUCGAUUCUCCAAAAAUUUCCUUUCCUUUCAAACCAUGACGCCACUGUUCUAGCCUUCUCCUUUCUUCCAUAACCGCUUCUCUCUCUCUCUCUCUCUCUCUCUCUCUCUCGCCCUCGCUCUUUUUCUCCUCUUGAAGCAAUACCGUAAUCCAGACAUGGUUCUCGGAGCCAACGGCGUCGUUUGGAUGGAUGGAGUAGGAGGAGGUGCUGCAGCAGCAGUGGAAGAAGAAGAUGAAGACGCUGUUUCUUCAUGGACCAGACACCAUAAUAACGAUAAUGAGAUUGAGCCUAAAGAUGAGGAUUUGGGUAUCAAUGCUUCUCUUUCUUCCUUCAAAUCUAUGCUUGAAACUGACUGGUAUGAUAUCAACCCAUCUUCUCACCAUGACCUCCAUAAUCUCCAAAAUCACCAUGAUAUCAGAGACCUUGCUUUCUGUCCUAACCCUGCUCCUGAAAACCUUCUCUUACAGCCAAUGGACUCUUCCUCUUCUUGCUCUCCUUCACAGGCCUUUAAUCUAGACCCAGCACAGUCUCACCAGCCUUUUUUGCCACCCAAAUCGUGCUUCUCUUCCCUUCUCAAUGUCACAAACCCUUUUGACAAUAGCUUCGAUCUGGGGUGCGAAACUUCUUUCCUCGGCCAAUACCAGCCGAAUCAGGCUCCUAAUUUGAUGGGUUUUAGUGGACCCGAGUUCCAAGCUCCUCAUUUGCUUCCGGCGCCUGAUAAUGCUGCGGCAGUUGGAGGUUCUGGGUUUGGUAAUGUGGGACUUGAGGGUUUUGAUGGUUCUACCGGGAAUGCUCUGUUUUUGAGCAGGGCUAAGGUUUUGAGGCCACUUGAGGUUUUGCCUCCAGUUGGUUCACCGCCUACUCUAUUUCAGAAGCGAGCUAUGUUAAGGCAAAGUGGGGAUAAGUUGGGGAAUUUGGAGGUACCAGGGCUGAGAUAUGGAGGAGAAAUGGGAGGGAAUUGGGGAGAAAUGGAGAGGAAGAGAAAGAAGUGUGAAGAAGGUGAAAUUGAUGAAGGGAGCUUCGAUGUUUCGGGUUUGAAUUAUGAUUCUGAUGAGCACAAUGGAGACGGUAAGAUGGAAGAGAGUGUGAAGAAUAACGGUGGAAGCAAUUCGAAUGCCAAUAGCACUGUCACUGGUGGCGGUGGUGCUGAUCAGAAGGGGAAGAAGAAGGGGAUGCCGGCAAAAAAUUUGAUGGCUGAGAGAAGGAGAAGAAAGAGGCUUAAUGAUAGACUUUACAUGCUUAGAUCUGUUGUCCCCAAGAUUAGCAAGAUGGAUAGAGCUUCAAUACUUGGGGAUGCCAUUGAUUACUUGAAGGAGCUUCUGCAAAGGAUCAAUGAUCUUCAUAAUGAAUUGGAGUCAACACCACCCGGUCCCUUGUUGCCUCAAUCUACGAGUAUUCAUCCCCUGACUCCGACACCUCCCACCCUUCCUAACCGUGUGAAGGAAGAACUAUGCCCUAGCUCGUUGUCAAGCCCUAAAAACCAACCUGCAAAGGUGGAAGUUAGAGUGAGGGAAGGAAGGGCAGUAAAUAUCCACAUGUUUUGUGCCCGCAGACCAGGUUUAUUGCUCUCCACUAUGAGGGCUUUGGACAACCUUGGUUUGGACAUUCAACAGGCUGUCAUCAGUUGUUUCAAUGGAUUUGCACUGGAUGUGUUUCGAGCUGAGCAAUGCAGAGAAGGUCAGGAUGUGUUACCAGAGCAAAUCAAAGCAGUACUUCUUGAUUCAGCUGGCUUUCAUGGAAUGAUGUAACUCGGCAGUUUGUAUAUAUGCAAAUCAUCAUAUCUACAAACCGAGGCACUAACUGUAGUUCUCUGGCUUGAAGUAGUCUGUAAAUGGAGUUGCUGCUCAAUUUGCAUUUGAUAAAAAGAGUGUAUACAUGACUACUGUCAUCAUACACCUGGUGAGAUUUGUAGGUUGGACAAUCAUCAUUAGGAGACAUAUGCUUCAAAAGCAACAGGAUCGUUAUGUUGUUGUUUUUCAGUAAUUUUUGCUCUAGAAUAAAACAUCCUUUUAAGAUUUUUUUUUUUC